CCCUUGCAUACACCUUCUGUAUUAUAUGUCCGCUCUUCACACUCUUCAACCUCUCCACCUCAAAAAUACCUCACAUCGCUCAGGAAUCCAUUCUCAAAUCAGAUCGGUCUCUGACCUCGAUAACUAACUUCCAGGCAGCCGCAUUGAUGAGUCGCUCUAUUUUCUUUUCCGCAGGACAGAUCAAAGACCUUAUUUCAGUCGGGCAACAAAUUGUCAUUUACGAUGGCUACGUCUUACGACUUGACAGUUGGCUCGACCAGCACCCGGGUGGAAAGCUCGUUAUUCUGCAUAUGGUUGGAAGAGACGCAACUUGCGAGAUCAAUGCUUACCACAAUCACCGUACGCGACUUCUCAUGAAACCCUUCCGUAUAGGUAGACUUGAAAAGCCCUGGGUUAACAUCGUCCCCCCAACGCAAGGAGGGCAAUACGUGAGAGACAUACAGAAAGAAGAGCUACUCAUCUCGGAUGGUAGUGAGAAAUUCGGCGACAGUAUAGCAUGUACCGGCUACGCGAGCAAGCCUCUGAACCCCUCCGACUGCAAUCGAAACACAAAGAUCGCGGCGAUAGAAGAAAGAGAGACCAUAGCCCAGGUGCAGGCUUAUCCGGCUGUUGAUGACGAAACACAGCGAGCAAUAUGCGCAGAGUACGAGACCUUACACGAACGGAUUCGAAAGGAUGGCUUCUACGUCUGCCGAUAUUCUGAGUACGCGAAGGAGGGAAUCCGCUAUGCCGCUCUCUUUGGCGCCUUUCUGUUCUUCUUGAUUAAGGAGCACUAUUUGGUCUCCUCAGUCUUUCUGGGCAUGUUCUGGCACCAGAUAAUGUUUGUCGCUCAUGAUGCUGGACACCGAGGUAUCACAGGAAACCUGGUCUCGGACACGUUGAUUGGAACCUUCGUUGCGGAUUUUUGCUGCGGGCUCUCCAUAGGCUGGUGGAAGCAGUCCCACAACGUGCAUCACUUGGUCACGAAUAUGCCUGAGCACGAUCCUGAUCUACAAAACGUACCUCUGUUCUCCACAUCCCCAACUUACUUCAAGUCAAUCAUAAGUACCUUUUACGGCUCCGAGUUUACUUGGGACGCUGCUGCAGAUCGACUCGUAGCAUGGCAAAAAUGGACGUACUAUCCAGUAAUGGCACUUGCGCGGUUCAACCUGUACGCACUAUCCUGGUGGUAUCUUUUGAUCGGCAGUCAGCGCGCACAACCUUGGGUAGACGCUCUCGAGAUCGCUUUCAUGCUGUGCUACUGGACGAUCUUCGGUUAUGGUCUUGUCUGGUGUACCCUACCUGACUGGCCGACACGCAUUGGUUUCGUUGUUAUCUCACAUGCGUCUACCAUGUUGCUACACGUUCAGAUCACCCUAAGCCACUGGGGGAUGCCGACUUCGAAUCUUGGACCCAUCGAGUCAUUCCCUCAGCAUCAGUUGCGAACUACCAUGGAUGUUGAAUGCCCAGAAUGGUUGGAUUGGCUGCAUGGCGGCUUGCAAUUCCAGGCCGUGCACCACUUGUUCCCUCGCGUUCCGAGGCACAACUUGCGAAGCUUACAAGUGUUGGUCAAAGAAUUUUGCUCGAAGACACAAGUUCAAUAUAAGUGCUUUUCUUUCAUAGAGGGCAAUAAAGUUGUUCUCGGUCGGCUCGAAGAAGUUGCGGCAAUGAUCACCGAGCUGGUACAGCCAGCAGAGGGACCCAUUGUUUGCAAGGAAGGAGUCUCCGUUUUCUGAUAAAUU